AUGACCCGAUUAACGCCCUACCUCACGCGCGUACUCAAGACGCACAGCAGUCGAUCGUCGACCUCGCUGUUGCAUACCCGUCAAACCGGGAUCCCGCUCGUCGCUUCGUCGCUCAAGAAGAAGUCGUCGUCGUCGUCGUGUUUUAGCACUUCGGCGCUGCUCAAGGAGAAGCAUGCCCAGACGACGAGUCCCCCUAUCGUUGGCUCACCUGUGACGGGGCAGGAUUUGAUGACGGGGGAGAUGCUGGUGGGCGCAGAUAUCGAUGUAGGUUAUCUUCUCCCGUUCGGGGUUGGCGACAAAUGGGGAUCGAUUCGGGGACGAGAUGAGACGUCGAACCCCGAGUGUGUGACUCGUCGUGCUUGCGAUCGGACCUUUUCUACUACUCCUACAUGCACACUGACGCUCGACUGUUUCCGCCAGCCCUCGGCGCUCCAAGUCGAGCUCACGUCGUCGCCCAAGACGAUCCCUCCCUCCAACCAGUUGCAGUUCGGUCGCACCUUCACCGACCACAUGUUGACCAUCCCUUGGAACGUGCAAUCCGGGUGAGACUACCUUUACGGCCAUUCCGGGGAAUCGUUCAGGUGGUGGCGGGAUCGUACCGGACCGACGAACACGUUUUGCUCUGCCGCCGCGCCGCGUUCCUCGUUGGCGCGGGCCCCACCUCUCGGCAAGCCGGCCGUCGCACGCCUCGAGCCGUCGGUCCGGAAUUUCCAUCGCCCCCCCCCCCCCCCCCCCCCCCACACUCGGAUCCAAGCGCCCGUAUCCUCGCCAUACCCCGCCAAAACAACCUACUAAAACUCCGUUCAUCCUUGCACAGCUGGGGCACGCCCAAGAUCGUCCCUUACGCACCCUUGCAAUUGGACCCGUCCUCGACCGUGCUGCACUAUGCCCCUACAUUGUUCGAAGGCAUGAAGGCGUACAAGGAUGAGAAAGGCCAGGUUAGGUUGUUUAGGCCUGAUAAGGUGCGGUUUGUAGCGUGGCGAUCAGGAGGCAAUGGGAUGCACGAUGAGGUGUGGGCGUACUGAGGUUGUAUGUUUCUCGUGUGGGGUGCAGAACAUGGAACGUAUGACGAGGAGUGCGGCGAGGUUGGCGUUCCCCGUACGUGUUUCGGUCCUCAGCGGAAUCAUCUCUCUAUCUCAUGGGGUUCGUAUUGAACCCGCAACCUCUUCCGACCCCAGGACUUCACGGGCGACCACCUCACGACCCUGAUCAAGAAGCUCGUCGACGUCGACUCGAAAUGGGUCCCUUCCGAACAAGGCACCUCACUCUGUACGUUGGUCGCGCGGGAUUGCGAUUUCGGCGACGAGUACGAGAACUGAUCAUUUACACCUUGUCGCGGCAUGGUCCAAAGACAUUCGCCCUACGAUGAUUGGUACACAAGCUGGGUUGGGCGUUGGCGCUUCGACUGAUGUUUUGCUUUUCGUCAUGUGAGCCCACGCGCCAUUUCUGUCCAGUAGCAAGUUCGCCGAAAUCUGACUUUUGGUGUGUCCCUUCUUCCUGGGUGACAAGUGCGUGCCCCGUCGGUCCUUACUACUCGACCGGGUUCAAGCCCGUCAAGUUGCUCGCGACCGCCAAGGACGUCCGUGCUUGGCCCGGAGGAACGGGUGGUUACAAGUUGGGAUCCAACUGUACGCAUACGCAUUGCCCGAUAUCUCAAGAUAUCAAGACUCUGCACUGACUUGGCAUGUAAAUGCUUUCCCUUCUAGACGCCGCCGGUGUGGUCCCCCAACAAGCCGCCGCCGCUUUAGGUUACCAACAAAUCCUGUGGCUCUACGGGCCCGAACACCAAUUGACCGAAGUAGGCACCAUGAACCUGUUCGUUGUCCUCUCCCACCCAGACGGGACGACCGAACUCGUCACCCCUCCCUUGGAGGACAUGAUCCUUCCCGGCGUGACACGAGAUUCCGUCUUGGCGUUGGCUAGGGCACACGAGAAGGGUGAAGCCAAGUUGGAAGGCCUGCUGGACAAGUUCAAGGUAUCGGAGAGGAAUUUGACGAUGCCGCAGUUGAGGCAGGCGAGUAAGGAUGGGAGUUUGAAGGAGGUCUUUGGUUCGGGAACGGUACGUCCUUCUCUCUCCCUUACGCGAAUUACAUCUCCCCUUCUGCUAUAGUCAUUAACUCUCUCGUAUCCCCCCACCGAUCAGGCCGCCAUCGUAUCACCCGUAUCCGGGAUCGGGUACGAAUCCGAACUCAUCGACGUGCCCCAUGGCGAAGAUGGUCUCGGUGACGUUGCGAGGGUCAUGCUGAGGGAGAUUGUCGGACGACAGACGGGCAGGAUCGAGAGUGAGUGGAGUGUGGUCGUUUAA